AUGAGCAAACCCGCCGGAUCAACAAGUGGCUGUUUGGAUAUUCUGAAUGUCAAAUCAAGUCGGAUUCUGGACAUCCCAUGUAAAGUGUGCGGUGACCGCAGCUCAGGGAAACACUAUGGUGUUUACGCCUGUGACGGCUGCUCGGGAUUCUUCAAGAGGAGCAUCCGCAGAAACAGGACUUACGUCUGUAAAUCUGGCUCGCAGGGUGGUUGUCCUGUAGACAAAACUCACAGAAACCAGUGCCGAGCGUGCCGUUUGAAAAAGUGUCUGGAAGUGAACAUGAAUAAAGACGCCGUCCAACAUGAGAGGGGGCCCCGGACGUCCACCAUCCGCAAACAGGUCGCCCUAUAUUUCCGGGGCCAUAAAGAGGUGAACGGAUCAUCGACCCAUUUCCCGGGAUCCUCUCUUCCCGGCCCUCCCUUCUUCACCACCGUCACACAACUGGAGCCUCACAACUUGGAGAUGAGCACAGUCGCCACCACACCAGAGAGACAAGCCAUCGUGGGUUUGGCACAGCCUACACCGAAGUAUCCCCACGAAGUCAACGGCACCCCCAUGUACCUCUACGAGGUCGCGACGGAGUCUGUGUGUGAAUCGGCGGCGCGCCUCCUGUUCAUGAGCAUCAAGUGGGCAAAAAGUGUGCCCGCGUUCUCCACGCUCCCCUUAUCUGACCAGCUUAUUCUGUUGGAGGACGCUUGGAGGGAAUUAUUUGUUCUCGGCAUUGCGCAGUGGGCCAUUCCUGUGGACUCCACCACCCUUCUCGCUGUUUCUGGGAUGAACACUGAAAACACGGAGUCUCAGCGGAUGAAUAAGAUCAUGUCCGAGAUACAAGCGCUUCAAGAGGUGGUCACCAGAUUCAGACAGAUGCGUCUUGAUGCAACAGAGUUCGCCUGUUUGAAAUGUAUCGUGACAUUCAAAGCUGUUCCUACGCAUGGUGGCACUGAGUUAAGAAGUUUCCGUAACGCUAGCGCCAUCGCUGCGCUACAAGACGAGGCACAGCUCACUCUCAACAGUUACAUACACACCAGGUACCCGACUCAGCCGUGUCGCUUCGGCAAGCUGCUCCUGCUGCUUCCUGCUCUCCGCUCGGUCAGCCCGUCCACCAUAGAGGAGGUGUUCUUCAAGAAGACCAUCGGCAACGUGCCCAUCACCAGGCUCCUCUCCGAUAUGUACAAAUCCAGCGAUAUAUGAGUUCUCGCCAUCUGUCCGCAUGGAAAACACUUGAGCUGAAGGCCCAGAGACCCACCCAGCAGUGGACAGAAUGUCAAAUCAGAGCAGGUGUAACCAUGGGUUGAAUUUUUUUGCUGAGCGCACAAUCUCACAACCUAUUUAGGCCUACGCUCCAAUGAAAGAAAGACAGCAAAACAGCCGGAAUUCACCAAGUAGCCUGUUAACAGUUGCUCUAGUUAAGGAUUAGCCUGUAACUCUCAUUAUAGAAUUGCCUGUAUGAUGUUUGAGGAAAAACUGCAAUCUCUGGUGUGGGCGAGGGCGGCCUGCAGUGUUUAAAUAUAGUCUAAAGACUCUGGAAAGCACCUGCCAGUUAUUUGACAAAGAAAUGUUAUAUAUUACAAAAGUUUUUCGAGUGUCUGUGAGACCAAUGAGCUUGACGACCAAUUCAAUCUUUUAUUGCUGUGUUCAAUCCCAAUGGAGGAAACCAAAAAAAGAAAAGAAAAAAAAAGAUGACGCAUGCGUAAUGGAGGGAUGUGAGUCGCUGUCCCUAGAUCCGGUGCUGAAACCAAACGCACGGGGCAACAAAGAAGAGGUGCCAACUCUAUGAAGAAUUUUUUUUUUUUUUUUUUUUUUUUUUUUUUUUGAGGGAGAGUGGGGAAGACUUUUUAAAAAGGACAUGCUUGCAUUGCCUCCUGACUGUAAUACUACAUUCAACUGAAGAUGGUGUCUGUAUUUAAGUGGUUACUGUCCUGUUUGUGUUGGUGUGUCCUGUUCGAGGCGCAGCAUUAAAAAUGUUUAGGUCGACUUUGUGAAGUUAGACACUAACACUGGAUAAAAUAAUAUUCAGCACUUGGAACCGUUUUGUGGCCUGUGAUGUUUUUACUUUGCUGUAAAUAUUUGGAGUUAUAACUAUUUAGUUGUAACCAAGAGAAUAAAGACAUAUAGCUCAGAUAUAAAACUACCAGCUGCAGCUACACAGCUUGUUUGUACACAUCUUUGUAAAUCAUAAAUGUUGCCCUCCUUGGAAAUUUUGUUAUCAAUGUAAAGAAUAAUUUCAAAUGAUUUCCAUUUAAGUAUUCUAAAUGAAAACUCAGGACAGUUUAAAUAAACUAAGUAGCCACAGGCCUUUAACAUCUUUGUAAUGGGGAUGGCAGUUUAUGUAUUUAUUGAAUAAUAAAUCUAAAAUAGAUCUA